CUCAGGGGUGUGACUCAACACCAGCGGCUCAACUGAAACUCUGCCCAGAAACCUCUUAGUAUGUCAGUGAGCCAGACACAGCCCAGACCACCACAGUCAAACACACAGGGUGGAAGAGAAGGAGAGCAAGUCAGAGACAGAGAUUUCUUGGCAAGUGAUGAGAGCACAGUGACUACUUGUCAUUUUCUCACUCAUCUGGUGAUGUCAGCAGAACUCAAUCUACUAGACAGAAGCUUGACUGAGUUGAUGGAUACGGGUGCCAUUUUUCUUCAGUAAAACAACCCUGAGAAACUCCUGAGAAGAAGAGAAGACGGAUCUUUAUCACACUUUUGAAUAGACCGUUCAGAUAGGGGCAGAGUUUCAGCCCUGGUCUAAUCUUGUGCGUUGUGAUUCUCAUAGAAGAGAUAGUGAGAUUAUUCUUCACCAUGGCAGGCAGACUGCAUCUCCUGAUUCUGGCUCUUCACCUUGCCCUGCUGAUGGAACAUGUAUCAGGCUGUCCUAAAGGAUUCUCUAAAAAUGGGAAAAUUUGCAUUGAUGAGAAUGAGUGUAUUCCUCCUAGUGAUGACUAUAACAAUGGCCCUGAAACACCACAUAUCUGUGGUGAGACUGCAGCAUGCAUCAACACCAAUGGGAGCUUCUACUGUCAAUGUGGUCUUGGGUUCAGAUCAUCAUCACAGCGGAUGAACUUCACAGCUGACUCACCUGAAAAAUGUAUAGACAUCAACGAGUGUUUGGAGAAUAAGGACAUCUGUGGUAACAAUGCCGAGUGUAACAAUACAUUAGGGUCCUACUCCUGCUUCUGCAAUGAGGGGUUUGUCUCCAGUACUGGAGUGGAAAUAUUUAUAUUUGGCCAAGGAGUCACGUGUGAAGAUAGAAACGAGUGUGUGGACAACAUCACAAUUUGCGGGAAGCAUACACAGUGCAUCAACACAUCAGGCAACUACUCCUGUGUCUGCAAUCCAGGGUUUGGCCUGAAGUCUGACAAAGCUCAAUUCACAGGGAAUAGAGAAUCAUGUGAGGAAAUAACAGUUCAGAAAGCCACCACAGACCAGACUGCAACCACAGACAGUGAGGAUGCUCAAGGUGCUAAAGACUUGUGUAAAAUGAACAAGUUUAUCUGUGGAGGGAAUGGAACGUGCCAUAAUGCCACCAACAGUGGCCAUCGGUGUGCGUGUCAUUCAGGAUUCACCAACUACGGAGACCCGCAGGGGAGAUGUACUGAGUUGAACUGUGACACGUUUGCGAGCGAGAAACAUCUUAAGAUGGUCAUCCCAGGUCUGCAGGAUGCUGUAGCCCUGAUGAGGACCAGUUGUCUGGAGUUGAGUGAGAGUAAUACAGCAGAACAAGUCGAUGGAGAGGCCCUGCUAGAGACUCUGUUGUCUGCUAUAGACAGGCUCCUGUCUGGCGGGCCUCUGAAAAAUAACAAGGAAGUGAGUGUCUUGCUGGACCUGGUAGAGACUGCUCUGAGAAUUAUAGGACCUCUGCUGAAACACCCCGAGACCAGGAGGUUCAAAAUUCAUACCGAGGUGGAGCUGUUGGUGCAGAGAAAUGCCUCCUCACCCCAGGGGCCCCUCACCUUGUCCUCUACACACGCUCAGCUAGACAGCCACUGGGAGACUGCUGCUGGAGACACCUCCUACCCAGGAUUUGCAACGGUGUCCCUGCUCAGCUAUAAGGGUCUGGAGACAUCCACCAACCAUUCCUUCUCAGGGCUGCAGGCACAGGAGGGCCACAGCUUUCAGAUCAACUCAAAAGUGGUGACGGCCACCAUGAGUAACAAGGACACAUCCUUUCUCAAGGAGCCAGUCACAUUCACCUUCUCCCAUUUGAAGGAGUCAGAUGAAGGGAACUACACCUGUGUGUACUGGGAUGAGUUGGGAGAAGGGACCUGGUCUGAUCGAGGCUGUUUCCUGGUGCAGUCCAAUGCCACCCACACUGUGUGCUCCUGCUACCAUCUCAGCAGUUUUGCUGUUCUUAUGGCUCUCUAUGAGUUCAAGGACACAUUCCAGCUGCAGCUGAUCACCUGGGUGGGCCUGUCCCUGUCCCUGCUGUGUCUCUUCAUCUGCAUCCUCACCUUCUCCCUGAUCCGCUCCAUCCGGAGUACCCGCAAUACCAUCCACCUCCACCUCUGCCUCAGCCUCUUCAUCACCAACCUGAUCUUCCUCGUCGGCAUCUCACGCACCGAGAGCCAGGCUGGUUGUGCGGUGGUGGCUGGGCUGCUUCACUUCUUCUUCCUGUCAGCGUUCUGCUGGAUGUGUCUGGAGGGAGUGCAGCUCUUCAGGAUGGUGGUCCUGGUCUUCAACACCACCUUCAGGCCCCUCUACAUGAUGGCGGGGGGCUACGGCGUUCCUGCUGUCAUCGUCGCCAUCUCUGCCCUCGCCAACGCCAAAGGAUACGGAACCGAGCGACACUGCUGGCUCAACCUUGAGGAUGGAUUCAUCUGGAGCUUCUUUGGCCCUGUCUGUAUCAUCAUCAUGGUGAAUGUGUUUUUCUUCCUCAUCACAGUGUGGAAGUUGGCCCAGAAGUUCUCCAGCCUGAACCCUGACCUUGACAAACUCCGCAAAAUCAAGGCAUUCACCAUAACUGCAGUGGCUCAGCUGUGUGUGCUGGGCACCAUGUGGAUCUUUGGCUGUUUCCAGUUUGAGGAAAGCACGCUGGCCAUGUCGUACCUGUUCACCAUCCUCAACAGCCUGCAGGGGGUCCUAGUGUUCCUCAUGCACUGCCUGCUCUCUAAACAGGUGAGAGAGGAGUAUGGCAAGAUCCUGGACAGCAUCUGUGCACUGCAGAAGACGAAGUACUCCGAGUUUUCCUCCAACCAGUCAAGCAACAGCAAAUCACAGACAUCCAAGAGCGCACAGAACACGGGAGAGUCUCAGAUCUAGGGGGCUGGACGCUGGUUGCUGGACAUGACCCCAUGAUGCCUGACCUCGUGACCUCCUAGCAACACCUGGGAGUUUCAUAAAACCAUAAUCACCCUGGUUUAAUGACAGGCAUAAGUUAAUGCUUGCCUGGUCCGAGAUCUGUUUGUGCUGUCUUGCCAAAAGAGCACAAAAGGACCAGGAUAGAUUGAUGGGAUGGUUGAUGUCUGUUUUUUUUUUGUGACAACUUUAUUUCGCUUUAAGCAGUAUUGUGCACAUUUUUUAAAGAUUUUGUAAAUAUUACUGUACUUUUUCAUGGGCUGGCCUGGAUAUUAUUUUAAGCUAACUCCAAAGAGUAACGAUAAAAAAGUUAUUUAUUGGUUUACACUGGUUUUCCUAUUCACAGUUUCAUGUGUCUUUUUCCAACCUUGAAAUUCUUUGGAUUAUAUAAUGCUGAUGAGAAACCCCCCUCCUACUGUAAAAGAGUGGACUAGUCCUGCAUGGUUUGACCAGGGACAACUGGAUUAUUACAUUAUGCAUUAUCCAGGUACUUUCUCUGAUCGUAAAAUACAUAAACAGAUGAAAGCAACAAAAUAUCAAAAAUAGUCAUAAACUAUCAUGGUUUUAUUAAAACAAUUAUUCUUUAAAACAACAAGGUCGAGUUGUGAGAGUCAGAUUGAAAUCAUGUCAGAUUGAAAUGUAUAUUUUGUGUAUAUAGUUUUAUAAUUGUAUCUCAAUUUUAAAAGAGAUCAACCAAAAAAUGUACAAGAAUCAUGAUCAUGACUGUUAUUGUUUCUAGUAAGGUGUGCAUCCUGUCAAAUAAGGACAAAUGAAAAUCAUUGUAAAUAUUUUCUUAGUAAAGAUCAUUUGUAUGAUUGUUUUUUACUGGGAAAUGGCAUGCUUUUACCACUGUACUGUAACUUCUCUGAUUUAGACUUUAUUUGCCAUGCAAUAUUUUAAUUCAAUAAAAUAUUAAAAUAUGUUG